AUAGCCACAACCUAAAAUGUUACACAGAGAUGGCGUCAAUGGCUUUACUAAGAUGUGGAAAUGUUAUCAAAACCCUAAAGCAUCAAACUAUCAGGUCAAUUUCUACUUUCCCUUCCCUCUCCCAGGAGCCUCAGCUCGCCGAACCGUCUUCAUAUCCACCGCUUUCAGUCGAUGCCCCACUUCCGCCAAAUCCAGCCACCGGAAGCCCACUUUACAAUGAGAACUGGCGAAACCCGAUCCCAACGCCGCCAGCUGCUCAGUCCCUUAUCCCGAUGGGAUUCCUCAAUCAACCUUCUGUAUCUCGCAUUCAGUUCAUGUCGCAGACAAUGGAUGGCCAGUCUCUAUUGAACAUGUUUGCCGAUUAUACUGCAACCCAGAGGUGGGGAGACAUGAAGCAGCUGUUCGAGUUCUGGAUCAGGUCACUCGACAGUAAUGGGAAGCCAAACAAGCCUGAUGUUGAUCUGUAUAAUCACUACCUGAGGGCUUGCGUCAUGAGUGGGGCGACACCCGAUGAACUAUUGGAUAUGGUGUCACAAAUGGAGCCGUACGGCAUUGCGCCCAACACGGCAUCCUUCAACCUGGUACUGAAGACGAUGCAUCAGGCUAAGGAAACAGCGGCUGCGGAGAAAUUACUCGAAAGGAUGCUACAGACGACUAAAGAAUCUAUGCCUGAUGAUGAAUCAUUUGACUUAGUGAUUGGCAUGCUUCUUUCCACUGAUCAAUUUGAUUCUGCAUUCAAAUAUAUCGAUUUUGCUUUAAAAUCUGGGUAUAUGUUGUCUGUGACUGCUUUCACUGAAUGUGUUAGAAGCUGUGUUAACAAGGGUAGGCUAGAUAUGUUGGUCUCCGUUAUAGAAAGGUGUAAGAAAAUGGACCAGAACAAAGCAUUAUGCCCACCCUGGAAACUUUGCAACUAUAUCGCUGAGGUUGCUGUCCAAAGUGAUAAUAGUGAGUUAGCCUAUUAUGCUCUUGAGUUCUUGGCCAAAUGGAUUGCUAGGGGUGAGAAGGCACGGCCGCAAGUCUUACUAUCCGUCGAUGAAGGUCUAGUUGUGUCUGCAUUGGCAACUGCAGGUAGGACAUACAAUUCUAAACUGCUUGAUGGAUCAUGGGCAAUCCUCAAGCGGCGUCAAAAGGUUCCAAGUGCCGAUUCUUUUGUUGCAAAGAUAACUUCUCUCGCUUCACUUGGAAACCUACAAAAGGCUUUUGGUGCUUUACGUGAACUUGAGUCUGCUUAUGGGAACUCUAGUGGUGAUACUAACGAUCUAUUUUCCCCUUUUACAACUUUGUACCCUCUGGUUGUGGCAAGCUCUAAGGAUGGCUAUGUCACUUUGGAUUCGGUAUACUACCAACUAGAGAAGUUAAGCCAAGCUGAUCCCCCUUACAAGUCUGUUGCUGCACUAAACUGUGUAAUUUUGGGUUGUGCCAACAUAUGGGAUGUUGACCGUGCCUAUCAGACUUUCACUGCUAUCAGUGACACUUUUGGAUUAACACCUGAUAUCCAUUCUUACAAUGCUUUGAUGUAUGCUUUUGGAAAGCUCAGAAAGACUGAAGAAGCUUCAAAAGUGUUUGAUCACUUGACUAGUUUGGGUGUAAAAAGGAACGCAAAGACUUAUUCUCUACUAGUUGAUGCACAUCUCAUCAAUCGUGACAUAGCAUCUGCACUUUCCAUUGUUGAUGAAAUGGUCAAAGCUGAGUUAAUACCAUCUAAGGAAAUGCUAAAGAAAUUAAGGAGACGUUGCUUACGGGAGUUUGACAAUACAAGCGAUAAGAAGGCGGAUGAGGUGGCCCAAAAGUUCCAGAUUCGAAUGGGCACUGAGAGCAGACGGAACUUGCUUUUCAAUCUAAAUUAUGCCACUGACUAUGCAUCAUAGUUUGGUGACGUUCGCCUAUGGACAUCUUGAGAUCCUCCUUUUUUUUAUCAAAAAAUUAUUUGAGUGUCUUCUUUGUUUGUAAAAUAGGAAUGAUGCUAGAUCUGAAUUUCUGGCAAGACAGUAGAAUGAACAAUCUCAUGCUUUUGUUUUUCUUCAAGUAGUUGUAGUAGUAGUAGCUUUAUUAAAUGUCAACAACUGAGUAAGUUGUUCAUUUC